AUGGCAUUUCCCUUCGAGCGGCUUUUUGGGUCUGCAACGGCGUGCCUCGUACUGCUGCUCAUUUCGGCCGGUGGUAUUAACGGCCAGCCGGCCGCUUUGCCGGAAAUUUCGUCGUACGAUAACGCGGCGAUGAUGAGUGACGGAUUCGAGCUGCACUGGAGCGUGAACGACACCGCAGCGACAAUUCGCAUUGCUGCGAAGGCUCAGACCGCCGGAUGGCUCGCUAUAGGCCUCUCCGAAGUUGGAACGAUGGUGGGAUCUGACGCCCUCGUCGCAUGGAUAGCAGAAGGGCGCGUGUAUGCGACGGACCGUUUCAUCUUCAACAAGUCGGUGGAAGGCGUUGCACUGGACGAGCAGCAGGACUGGCGUGUGUUGGGCGGCUUCCAAACCACCAACCAAUCCACGGGUGACACGUGGACCACUGUGCACGUGUGGCGCCAGCUGGACACCGGCGACUGCAACGACCGCCCCGUCGUUGCGGGGCGACUGCAGAACGUCAUCUGGGCGAAGGGCGAAACCAGCGAUUUUGGUUACCACGGGGCGUCAUCCCGCGGAUCCGCGGCACUCGUGCUGGUCCCCGCGCCAGCCCCCUCCAUCCUUGCGCCCCCGUCGCCCCCUUCCGCCGCCUCCGCGUCCGCGGAAGCGGGCAGUCAGCGCGCCGCGGAUCUCGGGCAGGCGAACGGGCAGGUGAAGGAGCAGCAGCUGAAUUGGACUCUGAGCAACUUCGCGGUGCCUGCUAGUAACGCCACGACUUACGUGUGCAAGGUGUUUGACCUGUCAGUCACCAGCAAGGUGCACAUAGUGGAGUUCGGGGCGCUCCUCAAUUCCACCUAUACGCCCUCCGUGCACCACGGCGUCAUCUAUGGCUGCUCCCAGACGGAAUAUCCCAAUGUCGCCAACACCACUGGCCCCUUUGACUGUAUCAGCGCCCCCCCCUGUCACACAACCAUUGCCAUGUGGGCUGUGGGCGGCCGUCCCUUCAUCUAUCCCGAUGGGGUGGGCUACCCUGUGGGACCCGGUUACUUCACCAAAUUCGUGCUCCAGAUGCACUUCAACAACCCUGAUCUCCGCUCCAAGAUCACUGACAGCUCCGGCUUCUACCUGAAGAUAGCCAACCCGCCUCGCCCCACCGACGCAGGCAUCAUGCUCACCGGCCCUAUAGACUACACCUCGCUCAUCCGCAUCCCCCCCAGCAUGGCCUCGUGGACCCAGAUCAGCACGUGCCCCAGCGCAUGCACGGCAGCUGUUCUGAGGAAUGCGAGCGGGGUGACGGUGAUUGGGACGGGCAUGCACAUGCACACGCUGGGUCGGCAGCUGUAUACUGAUGUGUACCGGGGAGGGCGGAAGGUUGCUGAGGUUGAUCGGCUAGACUACUAUGACCCCAACUGGCAGCAGGUGCAGCCCAUCUAUCCGCACUUCCAGCUGCUGCCAGGGGACGAGCUCAAGACCACGUGCGUGUGGGACUCCUCCUCCCGCUCCCAGGUGACACCUGGCGGCCCAGCAACCAGUGAUGAGAUGUGUGUGGGUUACCUCAUUUACUAUCCAGCCAGGCCGGCUCAAGUGCUCGGUUCGUGCUUUGACUUCUGUGCGGCGUGGGACAGCGUCAACAACACGUUUGAUAUGAACCCCAAGAGCCCCAACCUCACCACAUUCUACCUGUGUGGUGGCCUCGACAACCCCUACAUUCCCACCUCAAAGAAAUGCAGCAUGAGGCACGGUGCCAACGUGCCUUUUAAAGUGCUUACUGGCUGCCCUGCUAAGACUGCAGGCUCUUUGGCUGUGCUCUCAAGCAGCAACAUUUCAGUCGCAGUGUCCUCACCCACUAACACCACUGCACCACCACCUCCAACCAGCCCUUCAAACAACUCAACUGGAAGCACCAACACUACCAAGGCUGCUCCGGUCGUGUUUGCCAAGCUGUCAAUGGGACUCCUUACUGUCUUCUCCAUUCUUGCUGCGGAGGAGCAACAGGAGGCGCUGAUAGCAAGUGGCGGCGUGCCAAUCGGCAUUGGGAAGAACAUGGUGAUUCACAAGGCCAUUAUCAACAAGGACCAGGUGGAGGAGGCAGCCCGGGAGACAGAUGGUUACUUACUUCAUUAA